AUGUCGAGUGAUGAUAAGAACAAGCCCAGUGUCCCCAGGAAUGAGCCCAAGUACUGUGACCCCAGAUGUGAACAAAAGUGUGAGGCCAAAUGCCAGCCCAGCUGUCUAAGGAAGCUGCUGCAGCGCUACUCUGACAAGUGUUCACUGAAGUGCCCACCACCACCAAAGUGCCCCCCCUGUCCCCCGUGUCCGCCAUGCCCCCUGCAAUGUCCACCACCAUGCCCCACCAUGGUGUGUGUUGAAACCUGCCCUCCCAGGUGCCCCUGCUCAUGCCCACCCCCAGAGUGA